AUGCCUGUCAUCUCGAUCAACGGAAACGACCUUAACCCUGAAAACCAGGCCCCUGUCCUCCGGGCUUUUGGCCUCGAGGCGGAGGAUGCCUCCAAGUCCAACUACAUUCUCAUCCAGACCAAGGAGUUGCUCGAAGAUGAGCAGGAGGACGAGCUCGAACGCCUGGGCGUUGACAUCCUGGAAUAUGUCUCACCAAAGACAUACCUCUGCUGCUACAAGCCAACUGACUUGGCUGCCAUCCGCUCCCUCCCCUUCGUGGCAUGGGCAAACGUGUACAUGGACAUGUUUGUUGUCGAGUCAAGCAUGAAAACCGCGCCUACCUCCAAUACUGUGGCUGGCUUCGCCAAUGCUGUACCGAAGUCUGCCCGCCGUCGCAUGGUGGACGUUAUUCUUCACCAUGAUGUCGAUGCUACUUCCAAGGAACUUCAGGAGGAGCUCAGCAUGGCUACGAGGGCUGACAUCUCGUCCAUGAACGUUGGGGCUAAGAAGAUCCGAAUGAUGGUUCAGAACCAGCAUUUGGAUGAAGUUGCUGCCAUCGACGGCGUACGAAGCAUCCAGGAAGUGCAUCCAGCUGUGCUGUUUAACAAUAAGGCUGUUCCUAUCAUCAAGGGCGAUGCAGACACGAGUGGAGACCACCCGAUUGGGACUACUGAGACGAAGGAAAAGGCCAGUGCGUUACCAUAUGAGGGAGAGGGACAAAUUGUUGCCAUCGGAGACACCGGAUUCGACAAGGGCAGCACAACCGAUACCCAUCCGGCCUUCAAAGGCCGUGUUAAGCAUCUGUAUGCCCUUGGACGUACAGAGCCAGCCAGAUCCGAUGACCCAGACGGCCACGGCACGCACGUCUGUGGCUCUGUCCUUGGAGACGGAUUCUCGGAGAAGAUGGGCGGCAAGAUCCAGGGUACAGCACCCAAGGCCACGCUUGUUCUGCAGUCUCUGCUGGACAGCCAGAAUGGACUUGGUGGGAUCCCGGACGAUCUCACCCAGCUAUUCAUCCAGCCAUACAAGGAGCAAGGCGCGAGAAUCCACACCAACUCCUGGGGCAGCAACGCCCCCGGCCGCCAGCUGCCGUACAACAUCAACAGCGAGGAGAUUGACCGGUUUGUGUGGGAGCACCAGGAUAUGGUCAUCCUGUUUGCAGCGGGCAACGCAGGAGUCGACGCGAACCAGGACGGAAUCAACGACAAGAACCAGAUUGGCGCGCAGGCAGCAGCCAAGAACUGCAUCACGGUUGGAGCCAGUGAGAACGACCGUCCAGACAUUGUGACGACGUAUGGCCGCUGGUUCCCCAACAAGCCAUAUAACACCGAUAAAGUAGCCGACCACCCGAACGGGAUGGCAGCCUUCAGUUCCCGCGGACCUACCAAGGAAGGACGCAUCAAGCCUGACGUCGUUGCGCCAGGCACAUCCAUCCUCUCGACGCGCUCGUCCAAGCUGCUGAAGCCUAGCACGACCUUUGGCACGAGCAACGAUCCAGACUGGUUCUUCAACGGCGGCACGAGCAUGGCCACUCCGCUGGUAGCUGGCGGCGUGGCCCUGAUCCGCGAAGCCCUGGUCAAGAACGGAAACAAGAGCCCCUCCGCGGCACUGAUCAAGGCGAUGCUGAUCAACGGCGCCGUCGAGCUUCCCGGCCAGUACGUGCCCUCCGAGGCUGGUCCCUCGCCCAACAGCAGCUCAGGCUACGGCCGGGUCAACCUGAAGAACUCCAUCUCGAAACCCGACGAGCCCACGGCCGGAUACCGUGAAGCAGGGCCUCUGACCCAGGGCCAGACCGACUCUAAGCUGGUCAUCAAAGUACCUAAGAGCGGCUCGACGCUGAAGAUAACACUUGUCUGGACAGAUCCCGCUGGAGCCUCUCUGCAGAACGACCUGGACCUGAUCGUGACCGCGUCCGACGGCAGUGAGCGGCACGGCAACAUGGGGGAGACAAAGGAGUUUGACCGCACGAACAACGUCGAGCAGGUGGUGUGGGCCAAUGUGCCUAGCGGCGAGGUGAAGGUGCAGGUUCGCGCAUUCCAUAUCUUCAAGCGGCAGUUUGCGCAGCGCUUUGCUGUUGCCUGGAGCUUGAAGUAG